AUGGCAGCUUUAAAUGAAAAGAAGACCUGCAGCCAACGGAUGGAAAAUUUCAACCGUUUCGUAUGGAAUCCAGAUACAGGGCAAUUGAUGGGAAGGACCUUGAUUAAUUGGGUGUGGAUCAGUCUGUACUACGUUGCUUUCUACAUAGUGAUGACUGGGCUGUUUUCACUCGCCAUAUAUUCCUUAAUGAGGACAAUCAAUCCAUAUACACCGGACUAUCAAGAUCGAUUAAAAUCACCAGGGGUGACAUUACGUCCGGAUGUCUAUGGUGAAGGAGGAUUAGAAAUUUAUUACAACGUCUCUGACAAAAAGUCCUGGGAAAAAUAUGUAACAACUCUUCACAAAUUUCUUUUGGCAUAUAAUACAACUGCACAACAUGCCAACAUCAACUGCACAAGUGAGAAAUACUUCUUUCAAAAAUCAUUCCUUGGUCCAAACAAAACAAAAUACUCCUGCAAGUUCACAUCAGAUAUGCUUGAAAACUGCUCUGGCCUGGAAAAUUCCACUUUUGGAUUUCCAGAAGGAAAACCAUGUUUAAUUAUAAAAAUGAACAGAAUUAUCAAUUUUCUCCCUGGCAAUGGCACUGCACCAAGGGUGAGCUGUACAGCUCAACAUGAUGAUUUCAGCCCACUUGAACUACAAUAUUACCCAGUCAAUGGCACCUUUAACCUUCACUACUUCCCUUACUAUGGAAAGAAAGCACAGCCCACCUACAGCAAUCCUUUGGUAGCAGUGAAAUUUCUCAACAUUACAAGGAAUGCAGAAGUUACUGUUGUGUGCAGAGUCAUUGGAACUGGAAUUACCUCAGAUAACCCUCAUGAUCCAUAUGAAGGAAAAGUGGAGUUCAAAAUGAAAAUACAAGAUUAGGUAUUACUG